AUGGAUAUAGAUAAACAUAAAUCACUUCCAUCUAAGCAUCUCGAUCUACAAGGUGGCUUAUCUGAAAAGAAGAAUAAGAAAUCUCGUGGCAAUCGAAAAGCACAACAUUUACGAAGAAGAAUGCGUCGUCAACAACAAAAGAUGGAUCAGGAUACUACCAUCAUACAAAAUGAAAAUAAUGAUCUAAAUGAUGAACAAGAACCUAUUCAAAAUUAUUUAUUAAAUAAACGUAAACGACAAAGUAGAAAUCGAGAUGAUGUACAUAUGAGUCAAUCGUUCAGUGAAUUAUCAAUAUCACAAAGAAAUAUAAAAAAGAGAAAAUCGAUAACAAGAAAUAAUCAGAAAGAUGACGAUGACAAUGAUGAAUCAUUAUCAAUAAAUUCCAUACAAAGAUUUAAACCACAUUAUUUAAGAGUUUCCGAUAAAAUAUUCAAACAAAUGUUAUCAAAUGCCAUCAAAGAUGAUCAUAAAACUAUUCACUCUAUAGAUACAAAGGAAAAAAUUCAAUUUCUUCGUGAAAUGACUGAACUAACAAAUAAUUUAUAUUAUUUUGAUUUACAACGACAAUUAUGGCAAGAAUAUCAUAAUAUGAGUUUGAAAGAAGAUAAUAUACAGGGACUACGACAAUUAUCGAAAUCCGAUGCUAAAGAACUUAAUACACGUUAUAUGUGCGGUUUUCCAAAACAUGUUAUUGAAAAACGUCAGAACACAAUUGUACAUCAAAUACAACGUACAAUAAAUGAACUAAAUCAAUAUCUCAUACAAUUAAAUACAUGGACAACACAAUGUCAAUCACCAAUCGAUCCAAAUAUUUUAUCAAAUGCAAUUAAUGAAUGUGUAAAAAAGGGUCAACAACGAUUAAAACAAGAAUUUGAUUAUAAAAAGAAAAUGUUAGAGUUAAACUCAUAUGAUCAUCAUUUAAUUAAUAGAGUUUAUGAAUUGCAGCCAACUGAAGAACAAUUACAGUUGGCAAAAAUGAUAUGGCAAGUAACAGCAGACGAAUUAAAAAUAAAAGAAAAACAAGAAAUCCUUCGGAAACAAAUUUACUUACAACGGUUACCAGUUAAUAUUGACAAUAUUAUUGAUCAAUCUAUUGAUCAUGUUCAACCUAUGCUAUCAAAUCCGCUUCUUGAAAAAGAUCGACGUGCAGGUUUAAUAUCAAAGUAUUCAAAAACAAUUACACAAUAUAAAUUUGAUUUAAUGACUUUAAAUUUAACUACAUUUCAAAAUAUAAUCUAUGGUCAUCAACAAAUACUUAUUGGUUUACAAGAAGAACUAUUAAAAUCAUGUAAUGAAGCAUUAAGACAAGCAAUUGAAAAUCGUGAAGAAGCAAUGAAGAAACGUGAUGAAAUAUAUUUAAAACAUAAAUUGAAUACUUUUUUCGACGAAGCUCCGGCGACAACAGUAUCAAACGAAUGA